AUGAUCCAACAGAUCCAACAGGCCGUCGACAUUGCUAAUUCGUCCACGGCCGAUCAUGCGUUAAAGAAACAGGCACUAGACUUUCUGGAAGAAGCCAAAGCCAGCGGCUCGUCGGCGCAGGUUUUUGCGUCACUUUUACAAGACCCUGCUAGCACUGAUAUCAGCAGGUUUGUAGCAUUGCAAGUACUGAGUGACCUGGUACUUGGAAGCAACGAAGAGCAACUGUCGUUUUUGAAAAAGUCGUGUGUUGACCUUCUGCGUAGCAAGAGCGCGCCCGACAACAAACAAGAUCCCGAGUAUGUUCGAAACAAAGUUGCAGAACUAGCAUCCCGUCUGUUCUACUGUAUGUAUGGUGAGUGCAACAGCAACUUAUGGCCCAACUUUUUCCAAGAUCUGAUCCAGCUUUUGAACAUCGAAGGGUUACAAGCUGGUACGUCUGCCGAUUUUUCUGCGACCGGCCUCGACCUCUUGCUCAAGAUUGUGCUAGCAAUUAAUUCUGAAAUAGCAGACCAAACGUUCGUGCGAUCGAAAGAAAUUCAAUCAAAAAAUAACGAAUUAAAAGACGCCAUGAGACUGCGAGACGUGCAACUUUUAUCUUCUCUUUGGUUCAAUACUUUAAAAUUGUUCCAGCUGCAGCAACACCCAGCCCAGCUCGCAAAUCUUACACUCUCUUGCAUCGGCUCGUACAUUUCUUGGAUAGAAAUUAAUUUGAUUGUGAACCCAGAAUAUAUCAAUGUUAUUUUUGAAUUUCUGGAUCAGCCAACUUCCAAAAUUGCAUGCGCACAGUGUUUGUGCGAAAUUAUUUCUAAAAAGAUGAAACCAGGAGACAAGCUAUCACUACUGAGUAUGCUCAAUCUGACAGAAAAAGUCAUAUGUAUAGGUAAUGACGAUCUAGACGUUCAAGAACAGUUGGCUAAGCUGGUUUCAUCGGUAGGGCUUGAACUGUCUAUUAUUUUGGAACAGUGUAAUGAUGAGAGUUCAGGAUCUCAGUAUCAAGAUAUCGCGACCGCUGCCGACAGCUUGAUCAUCCACCAAGUAUCCCCACUGGUUCUUAAGUUUAUGGAGCAUGAGUAUGAUUCGGUCACCCAGCAGUGUUUCCCAUUUGUUUCUCAUUAUUUACAGUUUCUGAAGAAAUUCUUUGCCCUUGGUGGUAAACCCGGAAGUGCAGUCGCUAUGAACUCCAAGAGACUUUCAUUGGAUUCUGAUCAUGAAAACUUCCUUAAUUGUUUGAUGAAUGCAUGCAUGAAAAAGAUGCUGAUAGAUGAAACCUGCGAUGAGGACUGCACUGACGAAAUAGACGAGUUUAAUGACACCAUCAGAUCCAAACUGAAAAUAUUUCAAGACAGUAUCGCGAUCAUCAAUCCUGGGCUUUACUUGCGGAAUGUAGCUGAAAACGUGGAAAAUUUAAUCAGCUCUACAGAUUGGAGACAAUUAGAAUUCGCCAUUUAUCAAAUGCAUAAUUUGGCAGAAAGCAUAAGAAAUAAUCUCUUUGGCGUCAGCAAAAAAGAUAUCUUUUCAUCAGAGCCCCACAACGUAAUGUGCAGAUUCAUGGCUACACUUUUGGACAACACUAAUAUCUUUUUGAUUCAAAAUUCAUUGAUACAGAUUUCUUUCUUUGAGCUAGUGGUAAGGCAUCACCUAUUUUUGCAAGCAUCCGCGAAAGACGAAAUUACUCUGUUGAAUAUUUUCUGCAGUGAGUUUGGUAUGUUCAACAGUAAGGAACGUGUGAGGCUAAGGACUUGGUAUCUCUUUACCAGAUUUAUCAAGGCCACCAAGCCCAAGUUAUCAGCAGAUGCGCUUUCGCAGCUGCUUACCAAAGUGUCACAAUUGCUGAUAAUCAAACCUAUUGACUUGCCGCCACAGGGCGUAGAGAUUGAUGCUACAUUCGACAACCAGCUUUAUUUGUUUGAUGGUGUAGGUAUGUUGAUUGGAUCGAGCUCUGACUCAACUUAUAGCCUUCUGGAUGGUGUUCUAGUUCCACUGUUCUCAGAUUUGGAAUCAUGUAUAUCGAUUCAAAUCAAAUCUCCUAAAGUGGUUUUGCAGACGCACCACAUACUCAUGGCUAUAGGGACUGUCGCAAGAGGAAUACACUCUGGGUUGGUUCCAGAAAAUCAAGUUAAUAACCUUGAAGUAACUAGCAAGUUCUUCCCAAGGUCAGUUGUCGAGAAAUUCUCAAAUGUCGCAGAAGUUUUACUGGUUACGUUUUCCUACUUUAAUAAACAUGAGGUCAUACGUGAUGCAACUAGGUUCUCUUUUGCACGCUUGAUUCCUAUCUUGAAUGAAGAAAUUUUGCCGUUUGCUAGCCGUUUGAUAGCCAUUUUCCUCAGCUCAGAUUUGAAAAUAUUGGAACUGAACGAUUUUCUAGGAUUUUUGGGACAAAUCGUUCACACAUUCCAUAAAAGUGACGUUUGCUAUCAGCUCUUGAAUAACUUAUUGACUCCAGUUAUUGAAAAAGUGUUCAAGUCUUUGGCUCAAAGCGACAGCGAUCCUGAUUUUCUUCAGACGAGUGUAUCUGCAACUGCAGCUACUAAAAACGCCAAUGAGAAAAACGUUGUUAUUACUGACUCUUUCCGUGAUAGAGUGAUUUUGAAGAAAGCUUAUUAUACUUUUCUACAGUCCUUUAUCACAAACAACUCAACCUCCUUAUUUUUGACAGAGUCAAACAGAAGCGUUCUUCCCUUAGUACUCGAGGACUUGUUGACUUACACACCAGAUGAAAUACACGAGACCUCCUCCAUGAAACUUUCAUUAAAUGUGCUUAUCAAUUUCGUUAGAUUUUUGGGAACUGGAAUAUGUACGGACACACAAGACCCUAAUGCUAUCCAAUUUGGUAAACUAGAAGGACUGGGUGAAUUUUUCAUCAGCAAGGUAAUUCCAUUGGUCUUUGAAGUGCCCUUCAAACCAGAAUACGGGUUCAACGUACGAGAUGGUAGUUGCAGAGUUUUAGCCUGCGACUUAUCGAGGUUACUGAAAGCCUUACAUGGAGUUUAUGCAGAAAGUAAUCCUAACCCAUGCGUGAAUUAUUUGACUGACAACUAUUUUCCUCAGGUCCAAUUUCCGGAUCAAUUGUCGUUGGAAUUUGUCAAUGCACUUGUAAAUAGCAACGACAAAAGUUUUGAGAAGUAUUUCGUGAACUUCAUUACUAACGUGGUGGGAUGA